AUGCGCACCACAGAUUCUGAUGACCUUCUUCAUCUAUGCCCGUGUUCAACUGUCAAUCAACCUCGAUGCUUUCGAAUCUUUUCCUGCGGCGCCCGUCACUCCGGAAAAAAAAAGACUGGCUUUCCUAUUCAACGGGAAAUAUUAAAUCUCUCACUCUUUCUCUCUCUCUCUCUCUCUCUCUCUCUCUGUCGUACUUUCUUUUCUCUCUCUCUCUCACUCUUACUGUAUAUGCCCCCACCCGGUCGCACGCAUGUUGAACGUAUGUAUGUACGACAGCAAAAUGGUCUGCAAUUUAUCUCCUGCAAUCACCAGCACCUAAACACGCGUCCACGCAAAGUUCCGUCGGCGCAUGUGCAAAACGCCAUACCUACUACGAAGCAUAUCUAUCUGCUUCUUCUUCUCUCUUCCUUUUCGCACAAAAAAUUAUUUUCCUCUUCCUCCUCUUCUGCUUCCUCUUCUUCUUCAUCAGGAUUUUCUUCCUUUUCCUCUUCGGCAAAAUGCUUUUCCUCUUUUUUUCUUCUUCAUACAGAUUUUCUUCCUUUUCCUCUUGUGGAAAAAUCGUCUUCUUUCUUUUCUUCUUUUUCUUCUUAUUUGUUGUUUAUUCCCUUUCUUUGCCAUAGUGAUCUGCGUGUCUAUCAAUUCCUUAUUAUUGCUGCUAUUCUUGUAGUUUUGAUCACUGUUGUAUUUCCUCCUCUUCCUCUGCCCCUUCUUCUCCUCCUCCUCCUCUUCUUCUUCUUCUUCUUCUUCUUCUUCUUCUUCUUCUUCUUCAACGAAUUAUCUCACAACUUAAUUCUCGCCCAACUCUUUCCCACAUCGUUUCACCCGACCUCUUUCAUAAUCCCGUUCGUUCUCUUUUUACGUUUUACUUUUUUAGAUAUACAAAAUCUAAACCUUUCACCUGUUUCCAACACAUCCAUUGGAUCCUUCUUCUUCUUCUUCUUCUUCUUCUUUUUCUCCUCUUCCUCUUUCCUCCUCUUUCUUAUUCUUAUUCUUCUUUUUCUUUUUUUUCAUUUUCCCCCUUUCAACGAAAUACCUAUCUUUUUAUUCUUCUCGCAUUUCUUCCCCGCAGAUCCAUGGUCACAUGGCACACAUCAAAUCCGUCAUCUUCCAACUUCUCUUGCAUUACAAUGCAAAAGUCCUGCAACUAUUGGACCUACUACGAAGCAUAUCUAUCUGCUUCUUCUUCUCUUCCUUUUCGGGUACAAAAAAAUUAUUUUUCCUCUUCCUCCUCUUCUGCUUCCUCUUCUUCUUCAUCGGGAUUUUCUUCCUUUUCCUCUUCGGCAAAAAUGCUUUUUCCUCUUUUUUUUUCUUCUUCAUACAGAUUUUCUUCCUUUUCCUCUUGUGGAAAAAUCGUCUUCUUUCUUUUCUUCUUUUUCUUCUUAUUUGUUGUUUAUUCCCUUUCUUUGCCAUAGUGAUCUGCGUGUCUAUCAAUUCCUUAUUAUUGCUGCUAUUCUUGUAGUUUUGAUCACUGUUGUAUUUCCUCCUCUUCCUCUGCCCCUUCUUCUCCUCCUCCUCCUCUUCUUCUUCUUCUUCUUCUUCUUCUUCUUCUUCUUCUUCUUCUUCUUCUUCAACGAAUUAUCUCACAACUUAAUUCUCGCCCAACUCUUUCCCACAUCGUUUCACCCGACCUCUUUCAUAAUCCCGUUCGUUCUCUUUUACGUUUUACUUUUUAGAUAUACAAAAUCUAAACCUUUCACCUGUUUCCAACACAUCCAUUGGAUCCUUCUUCUUCUUCUUCUUCUUCUUCUUCUUCUUUUUUCUCCUCUUCCUCUUUCCUCCUCUUUCUUAUUCUUAUUCUUCUUUUUCUUCUUUUUUUUCAUUUUCCCCUUUCAACGAAAUACCUAUCUUUUUAUUCUUCUCGCAUUUCUUCCCCGCAGAUCCAUUGUUCCAUUACUUGUCUUCUUCUUCUUCUUCUUCUUCUUCUUCUUCUUUGCAGUUUUAUAUAUAUUCACGUUUUUACACUACAAAUCUUUUAUUUCUUGA